UUCAAAGUUUCAUAUUAUGUGACUGAGUAUAAAAAAAUUUAUCAAUAAAAUAAUUUGUGUUUGUAGUUAGCUCAUAAUCUUUAUAGCUGUGUGCAAAUAAAGAAUGAAAUUUUUUACUUUGUAUUACUUACUUUUGAUCAGCGUAAUAAUAACUCAGUUGUACGGUGACGUUUACGAAGCGUUUUCUAUUGAAGAAGAAACAAGUAUUCAACAAGGUUUAUUGAUAGCAACAUUCAAAGCUGUACCUAAAGAAUAUGAAAUAGCAUUUGACUUACAACUAACUUCGUUCAUUACCUAUACAUGUGCAAGCAUAUUACAAUUUACCAUUAGUAGUGAUUAUUCAAAUUAUGGCGACAGAUGUCCAGCUGUUUUUGUCUGUAAUCAUUUGUUUGAUGGCGUUCAAAUUUGUGGAUCAGUUAAUGGUGAAAUUUGUUAUGCGGUUAUCACGAAAUAUAUUAACUUAUUGGAUUGGACAAGCUUUGUUAUAAGUCAACGAAAACUUAAUGGUUAUUAUAAUUAUUCAGUUCAAGUUAAUGGAGAAAUUAUAAACACAAUACAAAAUAAUGAUGCUAGAAAUUUUGAAAAUGUCAACCUAUAUAUUAGCAGUCCUUGGGUUAUUGCACAACCUGGAUUUAUAAGAAACAUGACCGUAACGAAUAUGUGUACAAAUACUCAGUUAUAUUGUAAACCUCAAUUAAACGUGGUUUUUAAUGGAGAAUUAAGCAAUUAUUCUUUAAAUCUCUCACUGCAAAUCAAUUACGUUUAUGAACCUGGUGAAUUAGCUUUUAAUGUAACUUGGGAGUAUUUUCUACCUUUAAACACAAUGAUAGUUUCUGAAUCACUAAUUUUGGGUUUGGUUAAAGUUGAUUCUAACCGUUUUAAGUACUUGAGAGUUACGGUCGAGGUAUAUAUUGGGAUGAUGUGAAAUCACAAAUAUAUCUUUGUGUAAACCAGCAUGUUGAAAGCAAUAGACCUGCUUGUUAUACUUCAAAAGAUAACGGCAUCAAAUGGGCAGCUUUAGAUUUGAGCGUUGGUUCAGUUUUGGGUCAUGACGUUCUGAACAGAGAUUUAUACGCCAUACACAGAAAUCAAAAGUUAUAUUUAAAGUUUCAUAGUACUUAUAAUACAUGGUUGGCUAUAACUAAUAAAGAGUUCAAAAAUAAUGUCUUAGCUAAUAUAGAUUGGAAACGUUUAAAGAUAUUAGAAGGUUAUUUCGAUCAAGAAGUAACUUUUGGGGCACAUUAUUGGAUGGAUUUACACAUUUAUUGCCAAAAAGAUCCGACCGCUCAUAGUUGUUCAUGAUAUAUAUUUAUAAAUUCAAAAUUUGCAUGCCACCCACCAAAUAACUACGCGUAGAGUAGAGUACGAUGUACAACAUCACUUCUUAAGAUAUGCACAUGUACAGCAUUUAAUGGAAGACAAUUACGCGUAGCGAAGGUGAUUGUGUAGUAAUCAACCAAUAGGAAAAUAUUUAAAUAAUCUAUAUGCAUUAAAAUCAUGUGCGAUUCAAUUGUUAUUAUUUUAGAGUAUGAUGUAUAUUAUCACUUGUUAAAACAUGCACAUGUACAACAUUUAAUGGAAGACAGCAUGUCUAAUUGAUUUACUGUUGCAGAUUUAAAGAUGAAGACAAUUGUUUAUGAUUGAUCAAUUCAAGAAAACUCUAUGGAAAACCAGGAAUUACUGUUGCUAAAACUGACAACAUAACACGCUGUUAUGUUGUGAAGCACGCAUAGAUUUCAAGCUCACAAGUUCUUGCUCAACUUACUUCAAGUGUAAAUACUAGUGCUCGCAAUACUGGAAUUGUACUGUGGCGUUUUAAAUCCGCGUUAUUUUCAAAUAAUAGUUUGUAAUUGCUACAAAUUUUAAAAAGAACAGGAUUGUUAAAAUAUUGCGACUUUUCAUGUUUUCAGACAAAGCGUAAUUUAAGAAGUUUGCAGCACAUCAAGUAAAUUUUCAUAAGCCACGAAACUUACUCUUUAAUUCAAGAUAUAUUACACAUUCUCUUAAGAAAUGUCCAGCAAUUACAAUUUAAAGCGCAAUAUUGUGAGUCUGUUGUUGCUUAGAAACCGCAAAGAAUAGACUCUAUUUUAAAGGUUUGAGGAGCUUAAACAAUGCUCUAAACAUAUUUUAUGAUUUUUUUAUUAUUUAUAUUUAUGUAAUAUAUAUUGUUUUUUUUUAAUAAAAAACGUUUUCUAGUAAUAUAUGCGUAUAUUAUAGUGUAUACUCUAUAUAUACAGUACAAAAUGAUUAUUACUGUAAACAUUGCACGACCAGAUCGAUUUGGUGACAACUUUUCUGAAAAAAAUUAUUGCACAUUAAACAUCGCUAUUUUAUUUACAAAUGAUGGAUUGCUGCGUAUCUAUUUAGCUACAUCUACAUUGCUAUUUAGUCGUAUCUAGCUACACCUACACCGUUAUUUUGUUACUAAUGGAAACGAUAAUGGUCUAUAUUUCCGAGAAUCUACUGAUGGCAUCUGGGUUCAAAGAGCUAAAUGGAGUGUUUAACUUCGAAAACUAUUCAUUUGGACACAUGACUAAUUGUUUUUUAGUUUUUUUUUUAUCGCAUUGUAUAUUACAACAAAAUUUUAUAGUUUUUAUUCAUUUUAGUGAAUGUUUACAACUUUUUUAUUUAAAGUUGUAUGAAACACUACGUCGCAAGAUCAGUUUUAUUAUAAAUUUGUGAUCAGAAAUUAUAUAUUUAGAUAAUAAAUACGAUCUACAGUGAA